CUCUCGAGUCCGAAAGCGACAGAAACCUCAUCUGACAACCGGUUCAGGAAAAUUCGGGAAUCGACAGAGACGCGACAAUGCAUCUAUUCUUGGCCCUGUUGACCCUCUUGCCGAUAGGAAUCCUAUCGUCCCCAAUCUGGGGUCCCCAGGACCAGUCGCAGCAUUACGAUGUCAUUAUCGUUGGAGGAGGACCGUCGGGUCUGAGUGCUUUAAGUGGACUCGCUCGAGUGCGACGUAAGGCAUUGUUGAUCGACUCGGGAGAAUAUCGCAACCUUCUGACGAGACAUGUUCACGAUGUGAUUGGCAGUGACGGUAAGUUCUGCACACGUAAUCGCUCCGGAUCGUUGCUGAAGGCAGAUCCCAUCAGGUGUCACUCCAGCAUAUUUCCGCUGGAAAGCACGCCAGCAGAUUUCCGAGUAUCCGACGGUAUCAAUGAUGAACGGGACGGUCACACAAAUUACGCAGCUGAAUUCCUCGGCCUUCAGCAUUUCUGACGCCGCUGGGAAUCGAUACACCAGUCGCAAAGUUGUUCUAGGGACAGGCCUCAGAGACCUUCUUCCAUCCACGCCGGGCAUUGCCGAGAACUGGGCUCGCGGCAUAUAUUGGUGUCCGUGGUGUGACGGAUACGAGCACCGCGACCAGCCACUGGGUCUUUUGGGAAGGAUUGAAUCCAUCUUUGGCCUGGCUCACGAGGUCGAAACGCUCGACACCGAUAUUAUCGCCUUCACCAACGGUUCGUUGACUUCUGAGGGACUGCAAACUCUCAGCAAGGCCCAGCCGGAUUGGCAAAGUAUCGUCAAGGUCUACAACAUCCAGGUCGACAAUCGGACCAUCACCGAGAUUGAGCGGAUUCAAGAUGGCGGCGUGGUGAACAACGUAACCACCAAGACGGAAUAUGACAAGUUCCUAGUCCAUUUCGACGACGGCACGGCCGUUGAGCGUGGGGCAUUCUUCACCGGCUGGCCUUCUGUACAGGCUUCAACCCUCGGCACGUCGAUGGGUAUUGCACCCGUUGGCAACAAAUUGACGAACAACAUCACGACCAUGGCAACUAAUAUACAGGGGGCUUAUGCUGUUGGAGAUGCCAACAUGGACGGGAGCACCAAUGUUCCACAUGCCAUGUGGAGCGGCAAGCGCGCUGCGGUUGACAUUCACCUGGCAAUCGCCUCGGAGGACCUUGAAUCUGCAAUAGCUGCUGCAGGGUUGAGUAAGCGAAAUGAUAAUUCACUGAGCGACAGAGACUUGUUGCUGCAAUACAUUGGUGAGGAUUUUGAGAAGUUGUGGAAGUAGGACGCCAGCAUGUGAGGCCCACGCCGUUAACACGUGCCGCUCAUACAUAUGUACGAUCUUAUGUGGUACAAACGCUACACUGCGCGAGAAUUCUUUACACACGAUAAUUUCUUAGUUUUCCGCC